CCCUGUCCGACCCCAAUUCAGACGUAUGCCAAAUAUAAAAGCUAACAUGCUCGCGCUCCCCCAUCGCCUCCCACCGUCUGUUCUCCUGAGAAGCAGCUUCGAGAGAGAAGAGAGAGAAGAGGGAGAGAGGAGGGAGAAGGGGGAGAAAAAAAAAAGAAGGAAAAAGACCGAGCUUUUGGGCACCAAACGGCCGUGGCGGGCGGGGGGAAGUCGUCGGAUUUGCUACGUUGGUGACAUUGACGUUCUCGAACAGGGGAUUCCUUUUUUCGCCCAAAGUUUCGACUUUUAUUCGUUUUCUCGGGCUCCUGCAUGAGAUAUCCGAGGGAUUCUCCGGUCUCUUCUCGCUUGGGCUCGAGUCAAAGAGGAGACUUCGCGCUCGGUUUGGAGGUUCUGCGCGAUGCCGCCUGCGUCAGCAAAGCUCUCAAAGAUGGCUUGCUGCUUCCUUCUCCUACCUCUUAAUAGCUUUUGAAAGACUCUGAUGUCCGGAAGAUAGAGAAAAAUUGGAUUUUUUUUGGGUUUUUCUCUCUUUUUGUCGGAUUCCAGCUGUUUGUGGGACUUUGGAUUUGAACGUGCGGUAAAGGUGGGAUCUUUCGUUUCCUCUGGGCAUUCUUUUGGUUUGUUCUGGGCUUGGUUCUUUUGUUUCUCUUUUAAUCUUGGAGAGGCAAGCUCUGUUUUUCUUGUUAUUCUUGCUGCUCGGGAGUGAUUAGGCUUUGGAGUGCUUGAAAGGAGGAAGCUUUUGGAAUUUUUCUAUUGACCGAGGCUGUUUUUUUUUAAAAAAAAAUUAUGAAGUCCAGUAUCUGCUAUCCAUUUGAGGAUUUUCGGAGCUUCACUUGCUGAAGAGAUUGUGAUUUGCGAUUUUUCCUUCUCCUUCUCCUUUAGUUUGCAAUUCCGGGUCCCUGUAUUUAGUUGGCUUGAUUGGAGAUUAGAUUGUUAACUUUCUAUCUCCAUUGUUUGGAAAUUGGUAGUGAUUGCAUUUAAGGUGGCUUCACUGCUUGGGAUUGGACAAUAAGACAAGAUGGCUAGAGGGAGAAGAAGGAAGUUUCAUGUUAGUAAAUUAUACAGCUUUGCAUGUGUUAGGCCGAAGUUUGAAGAAGACCACUCUCAGCUUGGAGGCCCGGGCUUCUCCCGAGUAGUCUCUGCCAAUGACCCAGAAGAUGCCAUCAACCUAAGCUAUGGAUCUAACUAUGUCUCUACCACCAAGUAUACGUUAGCUACCUUCAUUCCCAAGUCUUUGUUUGAGCAGUUCAGGAGGGUUGCUAACAUAUAUUUCCUGAUCUCGGGAUGUCUCUCUUUCACCCCCUUGGCUCCUUACACUGCUUGGAGUGCAGUUUUUCCACUGAUUGUGGUGAUUGGAGCAACCAUGGCAAAGGAGGCUGUUGAGGAUUGGAGGCGCAGCCAGCAGGAUACUGAGGUGAACAAUCGAAAGGUUAAAGUUCAUCAAGGGGAUGGUAAUUUUGAUUAUACAGAAUGGAAAAAAUUGAGAGUUGGGAAUAUAGUGAAGGUGGAUAAGGAUGAAUUCUUCCCUGCUGACCUUAUUUUGCUUUCAUCCAGUUAUGAAAAUGCAAUUUGCUAUGUCGAGACCAUGAACCUUGAUGGAGAAACAAAUCUGAAAUUGAAGCAAUCAUUGGAGGCAACUUCAAUUUUUCAAUCUGAUUCUAGCUUCAAAGAUUUUAAAGCAAUAAUCAGAUGUGAAGACCCAAAUGCAAGCCUCUAUUCUUUUGUUGGAAGCAUGGAACAUGAUGACAAGCAAUACCCCCUCUCACCUCAGCAACUUCUUCUCAGGGACUCUAAGCUGCGCAACACUGAUUACGUAUAUGGGGCUGUUAUUUUCACAGGUCAUGAUACAAAAGUCAUGCAAAAUGCCACAAGCCCACCAUCCAAAAGAAGCAAAAUCGAAAGGAAAAUGGAUAAAAUCAUUUACCUCCUUCUGUCUGCUCUGGUCUUGAUCUCAGCUGUUGGCUCGAUUUUCUUUGGUAUUGCAACCCAUGAUGACUUAGAAGAUGGCAAGAUGAAGAGAUGGUAUCUAAGACCGGAUCAGUCUAAAAUCUACUUUGAUCCUAACCGAGCUCCUGCUGCAGCAGUACUGCACUUUUUGACGGCAAUGAUCCUGUAUGGUUACUUCAUCCCCAUCUCCCUGUAUGUAUCCAUAGAGAUUGUCAAGGUGUUGCAGGCUAUUUUCAUCAACCAAGAUAUUCAAAUGUAUCAUGAGGAAUCAGACAAGCCUGCUCAUGCUCGUACAUCUAACUUGAAUGAGGAACUUGGUCAAGUUGACACGAUUCUCUCGGACAAGACGGGAACACUGACUUGCAAUUCAAUGGAGUUUAUUAAAUGCUCCAUUGCUGGGACUGCUUAUGGACACGGAGUUACAGAGGUUGAGAGAGCAAUGACUAGAACAAAAGGAACCCCGUUGAUUAAUGAGUUAGACGAUGAAGAUCACGAAGAAAAUCAUGUGGAUGCAAAAUCUGCAAUUAAAGGGUUUAAUUUUGAGGACAGACGCAUCAUGAAUCAGAAUUGGGUUAAUGAGCCUCAUGCUGAUGCCAUUCAGAAAUUUUUUCGGCUGUUGGCUAUCUGCCAUACUUGCAUACCUGAAGCAGACAAAGACUCGGGGAAGAUAUCGUAUGAAGCUGAGUCACCUGAUGAGGCUGCCUUUGUUAUUGCGGCAAGGGAACUAGGAUUUGAAUUUUACCAGAGGACACAGACAAGCAUCUCUCUGCAUGAACUGGAUCCCAUGUCGGGCAGGACAGUUGAAAGGUCAUAUAGGCUCUUAAAUAUCUUGGAGUUUAGUAGCUCUCGGAAGCGGAUGUCUGUGAUAGUUCAAGAUGAGGAGGGGAAAUUGCUACUACUCAGCAAAGGCGCUGACAGUGUAAUGUUUGAAAGGCUUGCAAAGAAUGGAAGGGAGUUCGAGGAAAAAACCAAGGAACACUUGAAUGAGUAUGCUGAUGCAGGUUUAAGAACGUUAGUUCUUGCAUAUCGUGAACUUGAUGAAGAAGAAUACAUGACUUUCAACAAAAAAUUCAUGGCGGCCAAGAAUUUAGUUAGUGCUGAUAGAGACGAAAAAAUUGAGGAAGCUGCUGAUAUGAUAGAGAGAGAUUUGAUUCUUCUUGGUGCCACUGCUGUUGAAGACAAACUGCAAGUCGGGGUACCUGAGUGCAUCGACAAACUUGCACAAGCUGGAAUCAAGAUUUGGGUACUUACUGGUGACAAGAUGGAGACAGCCAUCAAUAUAGGCUUCUCCUGUAGUCUACUAAGACAAGGAAUGAAUCAGAUAAUCAUCACUUUGGAAACACCAGAAAUUAUAGGAUUGGUGAAAUCUGGGAACAAGGAUGCCAUUGCUAAGGCAUCAAAGGAUAGUGUCAUCCAUCAGAUAAGGGAGGGAAGGAAACUUAUUAGUUCAUCAAGUGCUGAAUCAUUUGCUUUGAUCAUUGAUGGGAAGUCACUUACAUAUGCUUUGGAAGAUGGUGUCAAGGACAUGUUCUUGCAGCUGGCAAUUGGCUGCGCAUCAGUUAUAUGCUGCCGUUCGUCGCCCAUACAGAAAGCCCUUGUCACACGACUUGUUAAAACUGGCACACGUAAAGUCACCUUAGCAAUCGGUGACGGGGCCAAUGAUGUGGGCAUGCUUCAAGAAGCAGAUAUAGGGGUUGGUAUCAGUGGUGCUGAAGGAAUGCAGGCUGUAAUGUCAAGUGAUGUUGCCAUUGCUCAGUUUAGAUUUCUGGAGCGAUUGCUACUUGUGCAUGGGCAUUGGUGUUAUAGGAGGAUCUCAUCAAUGAUAUGCUAUUUCUUCUACAAGAACAUCACAUUUGGUCUCACCCUCUUCUUGUUUGAGGCAUAUGCAUCAUUCUCCGGUCAACCUGCAUACAAUGAUUGGUUCAUGUCAUUCUAUAAUGUCUUCUUCACAUCACUCCCUGUGAUUGCUUUGGGAGUAUUCGACCAGGAUGUUUCUGCCCGAUUUUGUCUCAAGUUUCCCAUGCUCUACCAAGAAGGCGUGCAAAAUGUUCUCUUCAGCUGGACCCGCCUUCUUUCUUGGAUGUUCAAUGGCAUCUUGAAUGCAAUCGCUAUCUUGUUCUUCUGCACCAGUGCCUUCCAGCACCAGGCCUUCCGCAAAGGUGGCGAGGUCGUGGGCUUCGAAGUUCUCGGGGCCACCAUGUACACUUGCGUGGUGUGGGUUGUGAACUGCCAAAUGGCACUCUCUGUCAGCUACUUCACUUUGAUACAGCACAUCUUCAUAUGGGGCGGCGUUGCUCUUUGGUAUCUCUUCCUCCUGGUCUAUGGAGCCAUCAUCCCCACCAUAUCCACCACUGCCUUCAUGGUAUUCGUUGAGGCGCUGGCUCCUGCGCCUUCUUAUUGGAUUGUGACACUCUUCGUGGUGCUGGCUACUCUCAUUCCCUACUUCGCCUUUGCUGCAAUUCAGAUGCGCUUCUUUCCAAUGUACCAUAACAUGGUUCAGUGGAUACGGUUGGAAGGGCGAGCAGAUGAUCCUGAGUACUGCCAGGUGGUGCGCCAGAGGUCGGUGAGACCAACGACAGUUGGGGUCUCUGCGCGCCUUGAUAAGGUUAGUCAGUUAAUAACAAGGAAAGUCCACCAUGCAGUUCACUCGCUGUAAAAGCUUCUGUCGUCUGAGUCUCACUCCUUGUACAGUUACACUCUCGAUCCGCUGCUUCUAAAAGAGGUUCAUGUUGAACUCGCUGAGCAGCUCAAAGAUGGUUCCUUAAUGAAGGAAAGCAGGUUUGGAGUGAGAUUGCUUCCCAUGGAGGGACGGCAUUGACUCAAGUUUUUACGUUCAGAUGCAGGGUAUCGCUGCAGUAUAAUUUGUUAGUCAGGUGACCAAAAGCAAAGUCCACAGAAGAGUUGUAUAUUUCAACCACUGGCCCCCUUUUUGGGUGCAUUAUUUUUUUUUUAAAUUUUUGUGCCUUACAAUAACCUCUAUAUAGUCACAUAGUGGAAAUACAUAUAGUUUCGUUUUCAUCAAA